UUGAGUUUUUCUCUCUUUCACUCAUUUAUUCUUUAUUUCUUCCCCACACCUCACUCACUCUGCCUCUCUCUCUCUAAAAUCUAGAGAGAGAAACACCAAAUUCCACUCAGAUCAUCAAUCCUUUCUUCAAAAUUCUUCCAAGAUCGAUCUAUUCUUUCUCAGGUACGUCUCGGAAUCAAACUCAUUUUUCUCGCAUUUUCUCUCUUUCAGGAAAACACUGGGGAAGUAUAGUAUUUCGAAAAACAAAAUGUCAGCUUUUUCCAUGUAAAAAAAGCAUUGAAAAGACAGACUCCCAGUUCGAUCUUUUGAGAGCCCCACAGAGAGCUUCGAUUUUAGACAAUGCACAAAGGAAUCUCUUUGUUUCGAGGCUCUUUGAUAGCUCAUAUUCAAACGCUCUCCUCUACAAACUGUCUGUGUGUGUGAGCUCUGUACACGUAUAUUUAUAUAUAAACCUAGCUUUUGGUCAAAAGCUGAUUACAUUUCAUGUAUUAAAAUAUGUUAUGUGAUAUCUAGGGGCUUUCAACGGAUUUGAAGUUUAAAUUCUCAGAAAAUAUGGCGGCCUCUUUAAGAUGCAGAGUGUGGUGGUUUAAAAAUGUUUUGAAGGGGUUUUGCUGUGUGUUUUCAGGACCUGAGUAAACAGUAGUAGUGGAAGUAAGUGCAAUUUGUGGGGGAUUUUGAGGGCAAAAGUCUGAAAUUUAUGUCAGGAGCUUUGAGAGUGAGUUGUGGAAAGGAUUUUAAGUGGCGGAAUUCGGAUGGCUUUGAGGGUUUAUAUAGGUUAUUUUGAGGAUAUGGUUACCUUCUUGAGGUGGCAUAAGUCUAUUGGGAAUUUUUGAGGGCCAACAAGCUGAAAUCUCUGUUCGGAGCUGUGGGACUGAGAUGAGUUUUGAAUUAUUGUGAGGGUUUAGAUUUGUGAUUUUGGGCAUUUGACUUGAAUCUAAGUCUGAUGAAACUGGAAAUUUUGGGGGAAGUUUGAGGGGCAGCUUUGAGAUUUGUAGAGAAUUAAAAGGGGCUUUCUUCUGAUGUCAGGAGCAACAAGAGUGAGGUCAAUGAAUGUGGCCGAUUCGGAGGGGAGGCCAGUCCUCGGGCCUGCUGGAAACAAGGCACAGAGGUCCAUGACUGCCCACAGGCUGGUGACAAAGCCGCUGAGAAAGAUGGAGAAAUCACUGGAGGAGGUUAUGGAAGUGGCAGAAGAGAAGAAUGCUCUUCCCUCAUCUACAGUUGAUGCAUCAUUGUCGCCUCCAUUGCAUUCAGUUAGGGUCCCUUCAGUUCUCCGGAGGCAAGAACAGUUACUACACUCAAAUUUCUCACUCAAUGCUUCGUGUUCAUCUGAUGCUUCUUCAGAUUCAUUUCAAAGUCGGGCUUCAACUGGUAGGAUAUAUAGAACAAACAGUAUGAGUCGGAGGAGGCAUUUGGGCUCAAAUUCAAAAAUUGUUGCACCUGAUGCAGUUUCAGAACCCUUACCAGAUACUUUACAACCCAAUAAAAGGUGCGCCUGGGUUACACCAAAUACUGACCGGUGUUAUGCUGCUUUCCACGACGAAGAAUGGGGAGUCCCAGUGCAUGAUGACAAGAAAUUGUUUGAGCUUCUUGUCUUUUCGGGGGCUUUGGCUGAACUUACAUGGCCUUCCAUUCUCAGCAAAAGGCAAAUAUUUAGGGAAGUCUUUGCGGAUUUUGAUCCUACUGCUGUUGCAAAAUUCAAUGAGAAGAAAAUUCUAGCAUCCGGAAGCAUGGCAAGCUCACUAUUAUCAGAGCUUAAACUGCGUGCCAUUAUUGAGAAUGCACGUCAAAUAUCCAAGGUCAUAGACGAAUAUGGGUCAUUCGACAAGUAUAUCUGGAGCUUCGUGAACUACAAGCCUAUAGUUAGCAGAUUCCGCUACUCUCGUCAGGUUCCUGUUAAGACCCCAAAAGCAGAUGUGAUAAGCAAGGACCUAGUGAGAAGGGGUUUCCGGAGUGUGGGGCCCACAGUCAUCUACUCAUUCAUGCAAGUAGCAGGUAUGACAAAUGACCACCUAAUUAGUUGCUUCAGAUUCCAGGAGUGUAUUACAUCAGCAGAAGCGAAGGAAGAGGAUGGCAUCAAGGAGAAGGCCGACGAGAAGAAAACAAUGAUGGAAUCACAUGUAGGCAGAGGUAUAGAUGAAUUGAGUUUGUUUUCAGAAUGAUGGAUCUGUUGUCUUGGUUGGUGGCAGACAGGCUUCCCAUGUUCAAUCAUUAGUUUAUCCAUAUUGACUGAUAUCUGGUUCUACUUAACAUUGGGUAGCUGUGAAGGUGGUUUUUGUAUAAUACUUCCAUGUUUUUCUAUGCGUCAUAGGAACGUAGAUUGUAGAUUAAUAGAAGGGAUCAAGAUUAACCAGUGGCUACUGUCGAUUGGAAAGCCUAUAACUUUGAUGUACAAUUUUCUGUACAGUGGAAAAGGUUAGCAAUUAGAAUUUCUUUCUUAAAACCAAAUUCUACAUUUGAGCAAAUUAUCCAGAAGGGGGGAAAGGGAUAGUUCUUUCUAACAAGAUCGUAAAGUUCAGCUAGGGACUGGCUUAAAAUGUGGUGGACAGCUAGAAAUUAAACUGACCGGUGGGCUCUUGCUUUUAAUGUGUGAGAAAGAUGGGUUAUAUUGACAGCUUGUAUUGGUGACUGAUAGUAGAUUAGCGGCACCAUGUUUUGUCUCCCUAGAAGAGUUCUAUACUUGAAAAAAACAUAUAUUGUUUCCUGUGUUGAGAGCAGCAUUGAUGAACCAAUGUGGGGUAAGUCUGUUUUGAGGCAGAAAUUUAGAUAGUGACCUUGUCUCUGAAAGUUGUUACAUGGGAUUCCUGACUUGAUUGUUCCAACUGGUUGCUUUUCUGCUCUCAAUCCUUAUCUUGGUGGAAGGGAAGCAGAUGAUUACUUUUCCCGCUUUAACGAAGUUGGGGCCAUGACCCAUGCGGAACCAAUUUUCCAUUAUCAGUGUUGUUUUUAAAUGUAUCUAUCACAGCCAUCUUUCAGAAACUCAACCAACAACUCCAGCAUCUAGGAAUGCCAAUGGGGUGAACUUGGGGUACAGAAUCUUUGGUCACGAAAUCAAUAUUUGGGCCAUUAGUAUGUUCAUAUUGGAGUCAUAGGAACUCUAACAUCCAGCAAUUUGUUCUAUUUGAAUUUCAUUUUCUCACAGAGAAGGUAAUGCAAUGGGUGUCAAUCAAUUACAAUAUUCCACAUCAUCUGCCUAAACUACUUAAAAUGUAACAUACAGCAAAUAUACACACCGGUAUACUGAUGAUCUAAAUCAAACUACAAGAAAUGAAAUAAACAUACAUGACAAGGGAGAAAGGGAAAAAAAAAAAAAAAAAAUCAAA